CAUCUCGGGAGAUAUCUUUUAAGAGUCAACCCCUUUCAGUUGUCAGUCACUCAAGUCUAACCAUGAGGGAGUUGGACGGCUUAUAAAUUCUCUUCGUAUUCUCAUUUUUUGAGGCAUCUUUUCUAAAGAUCGUGUAAUACCUCAACGGUCCUAUAUAUUGAGGGAUCUGUAGUCAAUAAGUAGAUAUACCAUUCCCCUCAUAGGGCUAGUCAAAUUUCUUGAUCAUUUAUCCUCCAAAGAUCAUACAAGAGCAGAGUAAUGGAAAGCAGAAGGCACAGCUGCAGGCAGUGUGGACUGCAGCUACCAGCUCCUACUGGAGCAAAAGCCAUUUACUGUCCGAGGUGCCAACGUUUCACACAAUUCCAACCAAAAAAUAAUAUGCAUGGUGCCCCCACAGUCAAUGCCAACGGGCCGUACAGUAACAAUAUUAAUGCAAUGAACACAGGGCUACCAGUUUAUCCUGCCAAACCAAGGACAGUAACAUCUGGAUUUGGUUAUGGAAAUUAUAGGCCAGAGUCCUUCCAGAUCAGGUCACCACAGGUCAUGCGACCUCAGCCUCCCCCACCAGUGCAUGGACGGAAGCGAGCAGUUCUAUGUGGAGCUAACUACCGUGGGCAUAACAAGAGUUUGAAAGGCAGCAUCAAUGACGUUUUAGCCAUGAGAUAUCUUUUGGUCGACAAGUUAGGGUUCCCCAAUGCAUCAGUAAUUGUUCUUACAGAGAAUGAGAAAGAUAUAUUUAGACUCCCAACCAAAGCCAAUAUCAGAGCAGCCCUGCGUUGGCUUGUUCACAGUUGCCAACCUGGUGAUUCACUGGUAUUUCAUUACUCUGGCCAUGGCUCACGAGUACGUGACCUUGACGGAGAUGAAGUUGAUGGAUACGAUGAAUCACUAUGCCCUAUUGACUACGAGACAGAAGGACGAAUACUAGAUGAUGAGAUCAAUGAAACCAUUAUAAGGCCUCUACCUCGUGGUGCCACACUUCAUGCUAUAAUUGACGCUUGCCAUAGUGGAACUUUUCUAGAUUUACAGUUCAUGUGUAGAAUAAACAGGGGAGGAAGCUAUAUGUGGGAAGAUCAUCGCACUCCACACGGCACAUACAAAGGUACGAGAGGGGGAAUAGCAAUAUGUAUCAGCGCCUGUGAUGAUCAUCAGAGCUCUGGAGAUACCAUUGCUUUCACAGGUUUUCCAACUGGUGCACUGACUUAUAGUUUUGUGAAAACAUUGGAGCAAGAGCCUAAAUUGACUUAUGGACGCAUGCUUCUGUCAAUGCACAAGAAGAUACACGAGACACAAAAAAGAAUAGGCCUGAAUAGUAAAGAUGUAUCUCAGGAACCUCAACUAUCUGCUUCUGAACGGUUUGAUAUCCACUCCAAGCUGCUCAUUCUAUAGGAAUUUAAUGGUAUCAAAUAUGCCAGCCUGAUUAGAACUGCAUUGGCUGCUGAAAAAUAAAAUAAACUAUUUCUCGUACCGUGUUUGGCUUUUCAAUGUAUAAAUCGAGCUUCAAUCUCUUGUGGGGUUUACUCAUAGAGCUUCACUGUCAUAUAGUUUUCACUUAAUCAUAUAGUUUUCAUA